AUGGAGGCGGCGCAGGCGGUACUGGCGGCGUUCGACACGUCGCUGUCGCGGCAGUGGCGCGACGAGGACCGCCGCUGGCGCGCGGAGGACCGCCAGUGGCGCGCGGACGACCUCGCGUUCCGCGAGGAGGAGCGGAGAUGGUUCGGGGAAGAGGCGGAAAUGCGGAGCGCGGAAAUUAGGUGGGAGAAAGGGAGAGGGGGUGUGGUGGGGGGGAGGGAGGAGGGGAAGAGGGGGGAAGGGGGGAGGGGAGGGGGGAAGAGGGGAGAGACGGGGGGAGAGGGAGGUGUGAGGGUGGGGGAUGGGCAAGGAGAAAUAUUGUGGAGGGAGGAAGACAUGAACCAACGCCACGUGGACAAUGCAAGAUACCUCUGGGCCAGAUUUGUUGAGAAGAACCGGCGAGAUGUGGAGGAGAAGUCGGAGCAGCUCAAGGCGAUCUCGAACCUCGCAGCGCUGUUUGCUGGCUUCGCUGUUGUCACACUCACGCAAUUCCAAGUCACCCUCGAAGACUCUCCGAUGUGGAACAUUGCUCUAUACGGCAUCCUCACUGCCAUCUCGGUCUGUCUGCACACAGUCGCCAUGGUGCAGUGCACGCUCAUCAUGGGAAGCAUCUUGAAGAACGGCAAGGCCUACGUGGACGAGGAGGCCGAGGAGCACUUCAUGUUCCGCUGCUUGCUCUUUGUGCGCUCUUUCUCACUGGGAGACAGGCCUCCUGCGCCGCGGCGCACGUUUGAAGCCUUUUGGGAGUACAGGUGUGAAGAUGACUGGCGCAAGGCAUUCAACUACUUCACAUGGGGAAUCUUUUCGUUCCUUCUCAGCCUCAUUCCUAUCGGAUGGAUUAAGUUCAACUUCUCAACCUUCAUCCCAGCAGCGUUCACCGCCAUUGUCAUCUGCUCCAUGGUGCUCUGGGCCUAUCAGCAGCUGUCAUGGGGCGUCUAUCUCACCAAGGGACACUGCCUUUUCAGCUCAACCACCAAGGCGACUCAACAGGCUAACCUGCUUCCCACCUCGUCUCCCCUUACCCACCACCAUCCCCCCAGGGCGUAUCAGCAGCUGUCAUGGGGCGCCUAUCUCACCAAGGGCCGCCGCCAGUUUGACUCGCUCCUCUCCGAAGCCGAGUCCUUCCGAGUGCGCCCCUCCAGCCUCCCCUUUGACUGGCACAUCGCUGCGGUUUCCCUCUUGCCUUCCCCACCCCAUACCCUUCCCCCCAGGGCCUAUCAACAGUUGUCAUGCAGAGCGCAUCUCAUCAAUCAAGGACCAGCACUGUCUCAUCCGAUUAUUCAACCUCUAACCUCCUCCUCACGUCCUUCCCUCCCUUGCACUACCCCUCUAUCCCCCAGGGCGUAUCAGCAGCUGUCAUGGGGCGCGUAUCUCACCAAGGGCCGUCGCCAGUUUGACUCGCUGCUCUCCGAAGCCGAGGCCUUCCGAGUGCGCCCCUCCGGCCUCCCCUUUGACUGGCACAUCGCCCCGGAAGCUUCCCGGAAGCGCAGCUCCUCGCGGAGAAGCCGGAGCGGGAGAGAGGGUGGGUCGAGCGAUGCUGCUUCCACGGCUUUUGCAGACGGUGAUGGUGGUCCGGAGUUGAAGCCUGGUUCGGGAUUGGAGAACACGGAUGGUAAGGCGCCCCGAACCUCGGCUUCUGGUUCGGGGAAUGGGAAUGUGAAGGCAUCAGAGGAUGGGGCUUCGGGUCUUGGGAGCAGUGGUGAGAAGGUUGCUCAAGGGCAGGGGGGUAAGAAAGUGGAGGAGAAGGGUGAGAGGGCAAGUAUGAAUGGAGGAUUGGAUAGUACUUGCAGAGCGAGGCGUGAACCUGGCCAAGAGGAUUGUUUGAUUGGUGGUGAUAGUGGUGGUGGUGGCGGUGGUGGUGAUAGUAUUGAUGUUGGUGAUUCGGGUUUGUCGUUGGCUGGUGGUGGGAAUGUGCCUCGUGCUGCGGUUGCGAGUAAAACAAAGAAGGCCAGCAGCAGGGUUAGCAGUUGCGAGAUCAGUGAGGUGCAGGAGUGA